AUGUUUCGCUUUCCUCGCGAAGAAAAAACUAGUCCGAACUAUCAGAUUGAUCAUUAUCACGAACAGAGGGUUUGGGCAGGCAGAAACAUACAUACACGCGUACGCACAUCAUCGAAUGAUUGGUUUCCUCGGUUUUCUUCUAUUACUUACGUUACUACUAUUACCAUCAUAGCUCGAACAGCAGUAGAUGAUAUAAUAGAAGAAAAAGAAAAGAAAGAAAAGGAAAGGAAAAGAAAAGAACGACGAAGACGUUCAGCCAGCUGA